UAUAAAAUUACUCCAUUAUAAUCCAAAGUUAGUGUUAUAUUCAACCACUAUAUGAGUUAAACUACAUGACAUUAUUAAAUACCCUUUUACAAUCAUUUAUGAUGACUAAUUUACCAAAUUUAAUACUCCUCCAUACUAACAUUUAAAUAGUACACGCGCACGACCUCAAAUAUAUAAUUUUGAACAAAAAAAUUUUCAAAACCUUUAAAGACAGUAUAACCAAAUCUUGAAUCAAUCAAGUUCUAUUGAACACAUAAUCAUUCAUACAUCUAUAUAUACAUUAUGCCAGUGAAGGCCAUAGCGAGGACAUCUAUUUCCCGUAAUGGGGUAGGUGCUUUUGUUUCACCAUGUUAUAAAAUAUCCGUCAAUUAUUGUAAUUGGGGAGGAUCAUCAACUGGAUUAAGAGAAUUAUUAAAUGCUGGUAAGAUUGAUAAGAUUGCUCAAGAGAAGUCCAAUAUCAUUUUUGAAGUGAUCAAGAGAACUGGUCAUCCAAGUUUAAAAUUCCAUUAUAAUAAUGAUGUGGUUCAAGAUAUUAAUAUUGCUAAUUUAAAAGCUCAUGAGAUUGUUAAUAAAUUAGAUGAAUAUAGUCAAAGAUCAGGUAAUGAUUUAUUUAAAUUCAAUCAUAGAGUAUUAUCCAUUAAUGAUUCCGUCAGAGGUGUUUGGUCUCCAUUACAUACUCCAAAGACUCACAGACAUAAAAUAUAAGGUGUUUUUACCUAUAUUUUUCAUUGCAUUUUAUAAUAUACAUAUUUUAACCGAUUUCUUCCAUAUAUUGUCGACAAUAUUAUAGGAUGAAGAAUCAAGUUCAUACGAUUAUUUGUACAUAGUUUUUAAUUUAACGUCAAAAUUUAAGAAUAAAAAGAAAC